CUUUGUGCGGAGAGCAUGGCUAAGGAAGUAGCGGUUAGCUUAGCUUGUAGCUUUUGUACUCUUUAGUGAAAAAAAAAAAUGAGUAGCUGGAGGAGAGUUGCUGCUGUUCUGAUGAACUUUGUGAGGGGUCCUCGGUCUGUGAACACUUUAGCCCCACACCGUGCUGUAGGAGCGGCUGUUUUGGGCUCAGUCGUCGGUACUGGAAUGAUUUGUUAUCGGAGCUUUUAUGCUAACAGCAGGACGCUGCCCUUCGUCGUUCAUGCAGAGCAACAAAAAGAACCGACAGCACCAUACCUGUCUGCCAGAAAGAUUCGUUUCAUCCAAUUUGCCUCGGUGGUUUAUGAACAGGAGCCCUACAUGACCCCGAGGGACUUCCUGUUCUCUGUAAUGCUGGAGAAUGUUGACCGAAAGUUGCAAAAGCGAACUUUAACAAAGGAGGAAGUUAAUAAGAUGCUGGAUGCUGCCGCUAAAGCCCGGUCUGGAAAUGAUCUGUUCAGAAACUUAGGUGACAGUGGUUUGAUAUCGUACACAGAGUACCUGUUCCUGCUCACCAUCCUGACCAAGCCGCACACAGGAUUUCACAUUGCAUUUAAAAUGCUUGAUUUGGACGGAAACGAACAAGUCGACAAAAAGGAAUUUCUUAAGCUGAAGAAAAUUAUCAGAAAAAAUAAAGUGAGAGGGCCAAAGGAGAGCACAGAGAGAUCAGCUGAGGAUGGUGACGGUGUCAACACGACUCUGCAGGUAUUUUUCUUUGGCAGGAAAGGAAAAAACAAGCUGCAGUAUCAACAGUUCCACAGGUUCAUGGAGGACCUGCAGGCUGAAGUGCAGGAGAUGGAGUUCCUGCAGUUCUCUAAAGGAAUGGACACCAUGAGGAGCGAGGACUUCGCAGAGUGGCUGCUGCAUUACACAAAUGAGGAAGACAAUGAGAUCUACUGGGAAAACAUGAGGAGGAGGAUCCCUGCAGGACAGAGCAUCACGUUUGAGGAGUUUAAAGCCUUCUGCCUCUUCACCAACAACUUAGAGGAUUUCGCCUUUUCUGUGAGGAUGAUUAGUGAUGCCAACCGUCCAAUUGGAAUGGCUCAGUUCAAGCGAGCAGUGAGGAUCGCAACGGGCCACGAUCUGUCUGAGAACGUGUUGGACACAGUCUUCAAACUGUUUGACAUGGAUGGAGACAACUGCCUCAGCCAUAAGGAGUUCAUCGGCGUGAUGGAAGACAGAGUCCUGCGAGGUCUCAAGGUGCACCAUCAAACCGGCUUGUUGGGCUAUUGGAAAUGUGUGAAGCGAGAAACCCUGAAGGGAGCUCAGGAGGCCAUGCGCGACAGUGGCUGCCCCAUCUGAGACUGCGUCUGCACUCUAAACAUCCAAAUCUGAAAAUGGUGUUGGUGAGGAUGGUGUCUGUUCACACUUAUUGCUUCUAGGUCUCCUCUGUAAAAAAAUUUUCUGCAACGGAACAGUGGUGGUGGAAUCUCUUGUUUGCUCUUUAAGCGCUGUAUCCCUCAGCAGUGUACAACCAUGUGUUGCGUUUGGUGAGGUAACAGCAUCUCGCCGGGCUGGUGGCUGCUAUUGUCGCGGCGGGUCAUCCCAAAUGUAAAUAUCAAACAUGACAACUACACGAUUAAUGAGUAAAAUAACUGUUUCCCAGUGACUUGUGUAUAAGUGUACAAUACUGGCUCUUUAAUGAGGUUAUUUUCUUGUCAGGUCCAUGCCAACUUAUACUAAGCAGGUUACUUGGUUUAGUGAACAAGUCUAUCAAAUAGACUAGGAGACCUGGCUAUCAUGAUCACUGAUAUUUUAGGAGAACACAUUUGUACCCCACACUUUUUUCUUAUACAUACCUAAUGGCACUCUUUUGGAACAAUUAAAAAAAAAAAAAAAACUGUAUAAUGUUGCCCCUGUGACCUUACCCCAGA